AUGCCUGUUGUGUCUGACGGUCCUGCUUGGGCGUCGCGAAGAACCUCGAUGCAAGGGGACUUAAGUGCAAUUAGUGGGUCUGGUGCUACUGGUAUAGUUACAUUACCAGUGAAUGGAACGAUCUAUCGAGGGUAUAUGUAUACUGCUUACACCAAUGACAAGUCCAAAUUCUAUUAUGCGGAUGAUAGAGUAUCAACUUGGGCUUCAAACAGUGAAGUGUAUUUUAAAGGGUAUUGGAACUCCCUUUAUGGCGAAUAUUCAGUCAAAGGAAAAGUCGUGACAAGCGAUCGAACAAUUGUUUUUAACAAGACACUGGACAGCUUGAACACUGGAAUGCCGUAUUACGCAUAUAACCUUAUUGAGGAAUUGGAUGAAGCUGGGGAAUAUUAUAUCGACAGAAGCGAAAAUAAGUUAUACAUAUACUUGCCGCCUAAUAGUACUGAUGUUUGGAUAACACAGUCGACCGAUCCAAUCUUCAAUAUUGGAGGGAUUAAAGGACUUACCAUUGAAAACUUGAUCAUGUCCCAUACACUAAAUGACAUAGUAGAUAUGAGUUCCGUGUCAAAUGUAGUGCUCAGAAAUAAUGUCCUUCGCCACGCUGGAUUAAAAGCGAUAUACAGCAAUGGCCUUAAUAUCAAAUUUGAUAACAACGAGAUGUAUGACACGGGUGAUACCAUCAUUUACAUGUUAUGUGGUGACUACAAAAAACUCGAGAAUGGCGGGUGUGAAGUGACAAACAACGUCUUCUCGUUGUCGAGUCAAAUCAAAAACACGGUGGCGAUUCAAUCGACUGGGAUGAAUGUGAAGAUUUCACAUAACAAGUUCUUCAAUAUUCCAUAUUCAGGCAUUUACAUGAUUGGCGAUGAGUAUAUGGUCUCAUAUAACGAACUUGAAAACUUCUGCUCAAGCUCAAAUUACUGCAGUGGGAUAUUCUCAGGUGGCCAUUGGGAAUAUAGAGGAAUGAUUAUUAAAUAUAACUACUUGCACCACGCAUUAGGAUUUUCAUAUUCCAAUUCGGGACUCAAUGCAAUCGGUCUGGACGACAACUUGUCUGGCGCUACGGUGUAUGGAAAUGCUAUUGUAAGUGUGGCGAAUAGAGGAAUAUCACAUUCAUCUGGAAGAGAGAACAAUAUCGCGAACAACUUUGUAUAUAACUGCACGAACGGAUUCUACGGGGACGGGAAAGGACCGUCCGCAUAUAAAACUACUGGCUCAUCGUACAAUUUACUUGGCAUUAUGGACGAAGCGGGAAUCGAUCGAUUCAGCUCGCCAUGGAAAGAUAAGUACCCAACACUCGCUUUGUUGCCUAAGACGAAUUCCGAGUUGAUGCAAAAUACACACUGGCUGUUACCAGAAGAGAGCAACAUUCAGUGUAACGUACUCUUCCAGAAUAAGUUGGAUGUCAACAUACAAAACGACUGUAAACCAAGUUACAAGAAGUGGGAAAAUAACAUGGAAAAUGCAACAGAUUUAAUGAUGGAAAUUUCAGCAGAUGGCAUCGUCACUUUUGGAAAAGACAGUGGAGUCUACAAGAUGGAGUGUUGGAAAGACAUCCCAUUCGAUUGUAUUGGUGUCGGUAAACAAGACUGCGACGGCUCUUUCAAAAUAAGUGUAGCUAUAAUCCUUGGCUUGCUGAUGUUGUGCUUAUAA